AAAUGGCAAAUGCCAAGAAACUAAGAAAUCCACCCGCCAAAACUAACAGAAAAUGAAAAUCCUUUCCUCCAAGCCAGCAAGCGUAAUCCUUCUUCUCCUCCUCGCCGCCGCCGCCACCACCGCCGGCUUAACCAUCAAAGAACUGGACGCCGCCCUCUUAGCCCUCCAAUCAAGAGGCUAUACCCUCUUCCCCAACGCCAUAACCACCUCCGAUCUCCAAGUCCGCCUCCUCUCGUCCCAAAACUCUUCCAUAUUCACCCUCUUUGCACCGCCGGAUUCCCUCCUCUUCUCCCUCGAUCUCCUCUCCUCCGCCCGCCUCUACACCUUCUCUCUCUUCCUCCACGUGUCCCCGCAUUUCCUUUCCUCCUCGGACCUCCUCGCCCUCCCUCGCCCCGGAUUCAUCGACACCCUCUUCCCUAACCGUCGACUCUUUGUGGAACGUGCUAUGUCCACCCGCAACGGCUCCGCCUUGCUAACCGUUACAGUCGAUGGGGUAAUGGUCUCAGUCCCGGAUCUUUUCAUUGGGUCCAACCUUGCUGUCCACGGACUCGAUGGGAUUCUUGUUGCAAGAUACGGGUCCUUGAUUAGUGAAGGUAGUGAUACCAACACUGACACUGCUAUUGCAGAGCCGCCCAAGUUUUCUUAUCAAACCUCGCCGGCCAACCCACCGGAGAUUUCGCCUCCGACGGGGAGUGGGGAUUUGGAGAUGGUGACUGUUGGGACGCGAAUCAAGAAAGAUAAGGAGGUUUUCCAUGGCGACACCACUAUGAGAACUAAACACGGUAGUGACACUUCUACUGCUGAGCCACCCAAGUUUUCUCAUCAGACCUAUGUUUCGCCAGCCAACCCACCGGAGAGUUUGCCGCCAUUGCGGAGUGGGGCACCAGAGAUGAUGACAGUCGGAACACGAAUCAGGAAAUAUAAGGGGGCGUCCCAUGGUAAUCAUGAUCGUGGCACUACAAUGAGAACUAAACACGGUAGUGACACUGCUAUUGCUGAGCCACCCAAGUUUUCUCAUCAAACCUAUGUUCUGCCGGCCAACCCAAUGGAGAGUUUGCCACCAACAGGGAGUGAGGCACCAGAGAUUGUGAUGGUCGGAACACGAAUCAGGAAAGAUAAGGGGCUUCCCGUGGUAAUGAUGAUCGAGGCACUUCGAUGAGAACUAAACAUAGUUCAUUUUCCGGUUUAAACGU